AUGAAAGGUCAAGAGACAAUUGAAGUACAAGAUUUGAAUGAGAUACUGAAAACGAGCCAAGAAAAAGUUGAAAUAUUUGAAAGCGAUUUGUCAGAAGAGAGAGAGAAGAGAAAGCAAUUGGUAACCAGUUUCAUUACUACCCAGAAGGCCUUGGAAAUUGAUAGUGAGGAAUUCCAAAAAUCAAAGUCAGAACUCAUACGCCUUUAUAAGGACAUUCAGAGUCUCCCAGGAGCAGCAGAGGGCAGGGACCAGUUUUUAAUGGCGUAUGACCUGCUGCAAAGAGAGAAUUGUGAAUUAGAAACGAAGGUAUUGAAGUUUUCACAAGAAUUGGGACAAUUAAAUCAUAUUACUGUAGGGGGGGAAACUACAACUGCUAAUUUAAUUACAAGUGAGGAUACCGAUGAAGAUCUGGUGCCUAAUGUGCCAGCUUGGAAAAUAGAGACUCCAAGCCCACAGGAAGAGAGAAAGAAACUCUGUCCUGAAUUUGGAGAAAGUAAGCAAAAGGACAGUCCAGAAGAGUCAGUAAACAAGGGCAUUUUUCCAAGAGAGGGGAGGAAGGAGGCAGAUAUACAACAGAGUGGAGAUGUAAAAGCUGAAGAACAAGUGUUGACUAUGAAGCCUGAGAACAUUGUGAGGCUUGAGGAAGCACCAAGCCUUCAGUCUCAGAGCUGUGGGGACAGUUCAGAUGACAGCAGCACCCAGAUUUGCCUGCAGGAGACAAAAAGGGACUGA